UCGGCAUAUUGUAUUUGCAGCCAACUUCACGUUUGUAUUGUUGUCAUGUAGUUAAUAACAAAACUAAUUUAAAAGCGCUAUUAUGUUAUAAAAAUAAGAAAACCCGGUAUUAAAACGAUAAGUAAAAUUAUUUAUCAUCGAAAAAUCAGUCUUAACAAUAAAAUGAUGUGUUUUUAAAGUAAGAAAUUUGUAUUUAAAGUGACGUUUGACAAGUGCCAGCUCACCUUAGUAAAUAUUGUUGUUACGUGGUUUUGAAUUAAUAAAAUAUCAACUAAUAUGGCUUAUGAGGGUAUAAACGCACAAAUUGAAUUGUCGCCGGCUUUUAUAGCAAGCCUUCAAAAUGAUUUUAAGUCAUUGUCAGCCGAGUCGAAAAAGAAAUAUCCACAAGUUAAAGAAGCGUGUGAAGAAGCUAUAGGGAAGCUAAAAAAUGACGUAUCAACGCCACAAAUAUCUAUUUAUUCCCUCGUUAACCAAAUUAUAUACCCUUUAUCCCAAGGUUGUGAAACUAAAGAUGUGAAGAUUAUAAAACUAUGCUUGCAAAUAAUGCAGAAACUUAUAACCCACCAACUAAUAGACCAAAAAGGUGCAAUGUAUAUAACAAAUACUUUAUGGACUCUAAUGGAGUCUGGUAUAGAAGAGGUUAAAAUUCUGCAGUCGGUUACUCUAUUGUUGACUACAAACACUAUUGUACAUGGAGAUACAUUAGCAAAAACUUUAGUAUUAUGUUUUCGUCUUCACUUUGCCAAGAAUUCUACUACUAUUAAUACAGCUGGGGCCACAGUUAGACAGUUGGUUUCACUGGUUUUUGAAAGGGUUGUAGUGGAAGAUGAAAGAAUAUCUGGGGAAAAUAUUGCUACCAGUGUACCUCGGGAAUUUAAUGUUGAGGAAUUUAAGAUUGCCACAGGAACACCUCCAAAAGGUUUGCCACCAUGUGCACAAGACGCAUUUCUGUUAUUCCAAGAUUUGGUGCAAUUGGUGAAUGCAGACCAACCCCAUUGGUUGAUUGGUAUGACGGAAAUGACGCGGACGUUUGGUCUGGAACUGCUCGAGUCCGUUUUGACUCAAUUCAAUUAUGUUUUCUUUAAGAAUCCAGAAUUCAGCUGGUUGUUGAAAGAAAAAGUUUGUCCCUUAGUUAUAAAACUAUUCUCUCCAAAUAUAAAAUAUAGAAGCAACGUUCCUACAAACAUCCAACAGACUGCGCCUUUCGAAAAACCGUAUUUUCCUAUUAGCAUGCGGUUGCUAAGAGUUGUAUCCAUAUUGGUGCAAAAAUAUCACAGCCUUUUGGUGACUGAGUGCGAAAUAUUUUUGUCUCUAAUCGUUAAGUUCCUUGAUCCCGACAAACCGGCCUGGCAAAGAUCCUUGGCACUUGAAGUUUUGCAUAAAAUGACAAUACAACCAGCGUUGUUGCUUAGUUUUUGUCAGUGCUACGAUUUAAAGAAACACACAACGAGCAUUUUUCAAGAUAUUGUCAAUUCCCUGGGUGCUUAUGUACAGUCUUUGUUUGUUACACCACAGCAGCUGAAUAACUCAAUUUCGAUAAAUCAGCCCCAACAGCAGGUUUACUUGGGUGGUUUACCUACAGGACCAGGAGUGUCACCUCCACCAGGCUUUUCUUUAAGAGGUGUAUGGUUACCAAUUGUUGUGACAUUUCCUACAGGGCAAUGUAAAGCUAAUUUCUUGGAAAUGCUAGACAAAAUAGAUCCAGCUACUGUCCCCGAAGGUUACGGUAUUUCUGUAGCGUACGCUUGUCUUUUGGAAAUAAUACGCUCUCUGCAAAUUAUUUUGGGCCCCCAGACUGAGGAGGAACCCUUAUUUUUCGAAGAACCCUCCAAGCCGCUUAAAAGUCAACUGAUCAAUUCGAGUUGGUGUGGACUUUUGGCCGCCUUAAGUCCACUUGUGGACGCUAGUACCGACGAAUCUACAACUGAGACUGUUUUGAAGUCCAUACAGACGUACAUAUCGUUAUGUGGCGAGUUAGACUUGCAAACGCCCAGAGAUGCUUUUAUCACAGCAAUAUGUAAAUCUUCUUUGCCGCCACAUUAUGCUUUGACUGUGUUGAAUACAGUCACUUCAGGGGUUAAUUUACGGCAAAGUCAUCAUAGAGACAGUCAGGACUUGAGUUCUCUUAUGGGGCAGUAUGGCGAGGGUGAUUUCAGACAGCAGGUGGUAGCAGUCGGAACACCUUUACCGACUUCGUCUAUACCUGCUGGUACCCAGCAAGGCCCUGUGAUGUUGACUAAUAAAAACUUACAAUCCAUGAGAGCGUUGCUUAGUCUUGCGCACUGCCAUGGGAGUAUAUUGGGGACUUCAUGGCAUUUAGUGUUGACGACGUUGCAACAUUUGGUAUGGAUAUUGGGGUUAAAACCUUCCACAGGGGGUAGCUUGAAGGCUGGCCGUACGGAGCAAAACGCCGGCAUACAAACCUCAGUAAUGGCUGAUUUACCAGUGCUAUCAACCAUGCUGUCCAGAUUAUUCGAAUCCAGUCAAUACCUCGACGACGUGGCCCUGCACCAUCUCAUCAACGCCCUCUGUAAAUUAUCGCAAGAAGCAAUGGAACUUGCUUACUCUAACCGCGAGCCGUCACUGUUCGCUGUGGCCAAGUUGCUUGAAACCGGCAUUGUCAACAUGUCGCGCAUCGAAGUAUUGUGGAGACCAUUAACGAAUCAUCUUCUCGAAGUUUGCCAUCAUCCACACAUCAGAAUGAGAGAGUGGGGCGUCGAAGCAAUAACUUACCUGGUUAAGGCUGCUCUGCACUAUAAACACGCCACUCCGUUAAGGGAGAACCAGAAGUUGCAAACGUUAUUGCUCGGCCCUCUGUAUGAAUUAUCAUCGGUCCCGCAUGGAGAUGUGCGAUUGAGACAGCUCGAGUGCGUUCUCAACAUAUUGCAUAGCGCUGGAGAAACCUUAUCACAUGGCUGGCCCUUGAUUUUAGGCAUAACAGGCGCCGUUAAUGAUCAACACGGUGAAAGUUUGAUACGUACAGCCUUCCAAUGCCUCCAAUUGAUAAUCACGGAUUUCCUGCCGGUGAUGCCAUGUCGCUGCUUACCGCAAUGCGUGGACACUGUUGCGAAAUUUGGAGCCCAAACGGAAGAACUAAACAUAUCGCUGACAGCGGUGGGCCUAAUGUGGAACAUUGCGGAUUAUUUCCAUCAAAAUCAAGGCAAAUUGAGCUUGAAUUUAACGGAUGAAAAUACAGUAUUGCCGGAUUUCCCCGGUACAUUGAAUAUGUCCAGCUUUGAUAAGCUGUGGAUGUGUUUGUACGCUAGGUUAGGUGAGCUUUGUGUGGAUAGUAGACCGGCUGUGAGAAAAUCUGCGGGGCAAACUUUAUUUGCAACUAUAUCGGCGCAUGGUAGUCUCUUGAGGCAGUCGACGUGGCAAGCCAUAUUGUGGCAAGUAUUGUUUCCCUUGUUGGAUAAAGUCCGAAACUUAUCAAGCUCUGCCAGCACGGAUAAAGUGGAUUCUGAUGGUGUUAUAAUGAUACACCAUACACGAAACACUGCGCAGAAGCAGUGGGCCGAAACGCAAGUCCUCACCUUAUCCGGCGUUGCCAAAGUGUUCAACACAAAGCGACAACUACUGCAAGCCUUGGGCGAUUUCCCUCGCGCUUGGUCGAUUCUACUGGAGUUCAUAGAAAACGCAGCGCUGAGCAAAAACAACGAAGUUUCCAUAGCCGCCCUGAAGGCAUUUCAAGAAAUUUUGUUUCAAAAAAAAUCCAGCAAUCCAGACCAAAAACCAGUAUUAGCCGACGACAGGGAGAUAUGGUCGGUAGCGUGGAAGGUGUGGGUGAAAAUCGGCACUAACAUCACCGUACCUGACCACGAAAUAACAGAAGACUACUACAUCCCCAGCCAAACCUACUUAAUUUCGCUGGUGCAGAUAUUCCCGAACAUUUUCCUGCACACAAAAAGCAAUUUCACCUUGGAAGACUUAAAGCAGUUAGGGACCGUUCUAACAAACGUCGUUAGCGUGCCUGUAUACGGCGAAACAACCACUUAUAUCAUAUCAAAUUCAUCCGCAGAUUACACUUUAACCCCACUGCAUAGCGGCGUACUGCACACAAUGGAGCUCCUGCAAAAAGAAGUCAUGUCCAGAAACUCCCACAAAAUGUUGCCGGAAAUCUUCAAACGUCUCCUCACCUUCGCCAAAUUCACUUGCACGCCUCCACCGCACACAAAGCUGGAAAAUAACAAAUCCAAAGUAUCCGACUGGAUCACCAUGAAUUAUGUUCCAUUCGGAGAAAAAGCCAUCACGAUGGCUGUCAAGCUGUACGAAAAAACAGCAGAUAACCCCGAGGUAGUCGGCGCGAAUAUUUUACACGACAUUAUUGCAACUUUGCACACUCCCCUGGCAUUGAAAUACGGCUGCAUUUCCAGCAGUGUUUGGAAGUUGGCCGCAAGCAGCCUUCUCACCGUCCUAAGAAUCGGUUUAAAAGUCGCCAGAACGCAGGGCAACCAGUUUUUCUCCAUGUGGAACGAACUGGCGGUUACACUCAACGAUUUUCUCUUUCCCAACGCGUGUCCUCCUUCUGACAAAGGUUUAGACGAAAUGGUUUUAGACGAGACCACGGACUGCCAGAUAAUAGAGCUGCUGAAAACCGAGGUUCUGCCGCACUCGAGCUGUAUACCAAAAGAGUUUAUAAUGCAAGUAGUCAUACUACUCAAUAAAGGCUCAAUACAUUCCGCAACAAACGUGAAAACCGAUUGUGAUAUGGAGAUGACUCUGCGCGAGGAGUUCGCCAAAACUUGCUUCGAAACGUUAUUGCAGUUUUCCCUUAUUGACGGCUACAGUAAGGAGCUAAUGGCGAGCGGGGAUGAGAAAAAUAAUAUCGCCGGACAACUGGCUGUCACCUCGUUGUUGCACAGAUUUCAGGAAGUGUUGAAGAAGUAUAUUGAAGAUGAGAAACUUAGCGGCAAAUGUCCACUUCCAAGGUAUCGUUUACAUGAAAUAUCUUUCGUCUUAAAAGCGCUUACAACUUUAAUUAUAUCAAUGAAAAAGGCUAAUACUGUUAAAGAUGAUAAUAAGGCAUGGGAACAAUUGAUAAGUUUAUAUCCAUAUUUGGUGGAGUGUACAACUACAAAUUCGACACAAGUUUCUAGGCCCCUCAGGGAGGCUCUACUUCAGUUCUGUGAUUUACUAACCCCGCCAUGCAGUAAAGCAGCUGUAGGUGUUAAAAAUGCAAACACCUUGAUUAACUAAACAUUUUUGUUUUUUUUUUUGUAAAGUUUUUGUACCUGUGCUAAAGAGAUAUUAUUUCUGUUUUAAUCUGCGAUUUUACAUUUUUAUUAUACCUACUGCCAUAAACAGUUUGGCACAGCACCCACAAUUGAUUUUAAUUACUACUCCCUGUGUAAAUAAUUAAUAUUUAGCAUGUUUUCAAUAAUUUUUA